AUGUCUGCCUCACUGGCCCGACGGCGAAAAUCUCAGCCGCAAAACAUCAAGCUCCGUCGUUUAACCCAGGCCUACCUAACUCCUUACCAUGUCACACCGAAGACGACCGGUACAGAGACAAAAAUCGACCAUAUUUACUCUAUCACUCAAAAUUUGAUUCUUGAUUAUCAAAGCGUCACCACCGGUCUAUUUCCACGAUACUCUCGAGAUCGCGAUGUAGGCUACGUCAAAGACAGUAUCUAUUGUGCUCUAGCUUGCUGGGCCUGUUCCAUUGCCUAUAAGAGGCUUGACGACGAGCGUGGACGACAGACAGAGCUUCGUCAGUCUGCUGUGAAAACGAUGCGAGGGAUCUUGUUUUGUUGGAUGCAGCAAAGUGCAAAGUUGGAUGCUUUCAAAUCGAACAUCUCGCCGGAAAAUGCUCUCCAUGCUCGAUUUGAUCUGCAUUCUGGAAUGACGUUGAAUCGUCCCCAUGAGCAACAGUAUGGUCACAUGCAAAUGGAUCUUGUUGCUUUGUACAUACUUGCUUUGGUAGAAAUGAUUGCCAGCGGAGCGAAGGUAAUCUACACUCAUCAUGAGGUAAACUUCGUGCAGAAUCUCGUUUUCUACAUCGAAAGAACUUAUCGAACACCCGAUUUUGGCAUGUGGGAAAGGGGUACGCGCUACAAUAACGGCAAGCCUGAACUGCAUGCCAGCAGCCUUGGAAUGGUGAAGGCUGCUCUCGAAGCUAUUAAUGGAUUCAACUUGUAUGGGUCUACGGGAAACAGCGCUUCCGUAAUCUAUGUAGAUAUUGACGGGCACAAUCGUAACCGUACCACGUUUGAAACCAUUUUGCCGAGAGAAAGUAACUCAAAGAAUACUGAUGCUGCUUUGCUCAUGACAGUUGGCUGGCCUGCAUUUGCUUCACAUGAUGAGUCUCUAAUUGAGAAGACUGUAUCGAAAUGCAUAAGGAAGUUAGAAGGCAGAUAUGGCAUUCGCAGGUUUUUGCGUGACGGCUAUCGUUGCGAACUUGAGGAUAACACGAGAGCAUACUACGAAGAACAUGAAACGUCACGAUUCGAUGGGAUCGAGUGUCAAUUUCCUAUGUUCUUUGCAUAUUUGGCUCUUACGGCUCACUACCGAGGUGAUCAGGAAAAUGCGAACAAAUACUUCGACAAAUUCCAAGCGGUGCUAGUCAACGAUGACAACGUGCCCGGUGGGCUGAUUGUUCCUGAGUGCUACUGCGUUGAGGAAUGUUAUAUGGAACGGGAACGCUCAAAACCAAACAGUACUGACCUCUAUCCGGUCAGUCCACAAGAAUUUGGACAUCAUCUUUGGAGCAACUCCAUAUAUGUGAUCUUGUUGCUCAUACGUGAUGGCCUCAUCCAUAAAGGCGAUCUGGAUCCGAUCAAUCGCCAUAUGCCUGCUUCUCAACGUCCGAUGCAGUUUAAUAGGCAUUCGGAGUUUCAGGGAAGUAUGGAAGGUGAUCCGGUCGUGCAGAUAGCUUUGAUAGCUGAAUCUUCUCAUCUGCAAAUGAGAUUGUCUACUUACGGCAUCAGUUGUCAAACGCCACAUGAAGUCGAGCCUGUACAGAUAUGGCCUAGCUGGAGGAUGGUCAAGCUUUUCGAAUGUCUUGGACGAGAUGAGAAAUUAGGACUGAGUGGUAGACCUCCUCGACCAUUCGGACCGCUUAGCACGUCUAAGGUAUUUCGCGUGUUUGGAGAUACUGUGCUAUGUUACCCGUUGUUGUUUGAAGUCAAAGACUUCUAUGUCAGUUCGGAUCCGUCAGUGUUGAUCGAUGAUAUCAAGCGCGAUAUAGAAUUUGUUUCUCGUCGUUGGAAAUUGGCUGGGCGCCCUACUAUGUGCCUUCUAAUCAGAGAAGAAAACAUUGUUGGCGAGUAUUUCGACCAUAUUUUGGAUCUCCUCGUACAGUUGAAAAAUGGCUACGUCAACGGAAUUCGCGUUCGCAUGGGACGAGUCCACCAACUACUUAACACAAGCUGUAUAGAACACAUUGAUUUUGCUUCUUCGGAUGAUGUCGAGUUCGAUAUUGAUGUUCUGGAAGAAACUGAGGGAAAUAAUCAAAUUCUAUCGAGGCUUAGCCUUCGCGAUGGGAUUGAGGAUGAUAUGACUGUGGAGGAGGACGUUCGAGUGCUGAGAGAUGACGACUUGUACGAAAUAAUCAAGAAGGAUGAUAUGGACAAACCGAGACAGCUGGCUUUUGCACUAGCAGCAAUGUGGAUGAGACGCCAUCCGGAUACACCCAUAGACGGAUAUUCUAUCCGCGAGCGCAUGGAGCGCCUAUACCGUCGGGUCUGCCAGCUUCGUCUCUGGUGGCUGGUACGGUACUGCGCUGGUAAACUUCGCAAAGUCAUGAAUAGUUUGGCACCUGCCAUCACUAACAUGCUUGUAAGAGGAAAACAGGUUACUAUCGGUGUGCGAGGUGUACGCGAACAAGUGAUUCGUCGUCCCAUAUCGCCAGGAGAACUGACGGAUUUGUUGUUCGCAUGUUGUCCACAAGAUGAGCCACAAGUUGCUGUGAUGCAGCAGGAGCUAAUCAUCGCCUGUUCGGACCUUAUAGGUCACUCUCCAUCAGCUUUCGAUGGUGUACUUACUAUACGGCUGUCGUGGUUAGCUGAUGCCAUCACACUACUGCUGAACUACGUGCGAACCACUGGAUCUCUGACCAGAGCCACUGGAAGAAUUGCGACACCACCAACUCCCACCACGACUGGAAUACCUGCAGAUUUGUUACCAGAGUAUUUUUUGUCGUCUCGUCGAAGAUCUUCUGUAGCGAUUGCUGAGUUCAAGAAGAACUGUAUCUACGAUUUGUCACCGACAGUCGUCAAAGAUGUCGUGACAGCGCUGAUGGCUAGAAAAAAUUGGCAUCUUUUGUCACCCCUGCAAACCCGUCGUUUGAAUGGUGCACUGAAUCGAAUGCCGGUAAAUUUCUACGAUCGUGUAUGGUUAAUUCUUGAAAGAGCAAGGGACGGUAUUAUCAUUGCCGCACAAUUUUUACCACAGCAACCAACCCUCAGCGACAUGACCGAGUUCGAGCUUACAUUUUCGUACAAAAUCGAAGAGAUGCUAAGCCGUAUCGCUCAUCCAGAAUACCGUCAGCUGCUUGUUGAGCUUCUUUCGGUGAUCGCAACAAUUUUGGAACGAAACCCGGAGAUAACAUUUGGAUCAGGGCCGAUUGAUUGUGACGUGCUCAUCAAGAAAGCAUUCCACAUCUACGCUGACCAGGAAAAGAUCUCUGACAAGGAAGACCUUACCCCAUUCUACCAACUCGAGAACGUGUCCUUGCAAACAUCUACAGCAACUUAUUUAGCUAAAGCUGUGGUCGAUUUUAUCCUCAAUGGUCGCCACUUUUCACAUGCAAUCAACAUAGCCGGCUCCGAACGUCAAUUUGAACGAGACGACUGCAAAAUGAUGUAAAUUCUAGAGGAAAAGGUGAAGCAAGUAGGAUAUAGUACUAUAUUUAGGUUGUUAUUAUUCGCCAUGUAUUACGCUCACGUUAUAUCUGUUACUUUUGGCAUUUUUUCUAGAGGCAAACAGCUUUGUUUAUCAGUUCGCUUGUGAUGCUAGUCAGUUUUUCAAGCUAAAUUAGUUUCUGAAGCUUCGUAUAAACAGGAUACUGAAGAAAACAAUGAGUGCACAAAAAUGUAUGAUUUUUCGUUUG